AUGUGCAUACGUUUUGACGAGGACGGAGUUAUAUCCCCUGUCUGCCUGUACAGAGGCCUGUUUACCGUUGGUGCUUUGGACAACCUGGACCAUAAUCCCAGUUCAACUACAUCACAAAGCUCUUUCCAUGGUACUGGUAUUAGUAUGUUCCAAUUUCCAUCCCCAAACAAGCCGGGUGAAUGUAGACUGCCUUUAACGGUUCCUCCCUCCGUGAGUGGAAAGCAUGUUCAGCUACCUGAAAUCUAUACUACUGUCCCGGCUGUAGCUAUAGCAAAGUCUAACACUGUUGUUCCAGAGGUAAAGGUGGAGCAAACAAAGGUCUGCCUGGAAAAAGCCCUAGAAGCGGAAAAUGAAUGGGAGCAGAUCUCCAGCAGCAGAUCUCAUCUCUCUUUUGAAAAAAGAAAUAGAGAAAGGAGACGCUAUUGCAUGGGCAGCUUAUCACGUCUCUCAAAAAACGCCUACACAUGGGCUUCCAGCCUUGUGUGCAAUGCUACCUCUCUUCUAUGA